UGGUGUUCAUUUUAAAUCUAUCAAGAUAAAACAAUUAUAUCAAAAUCAAAUUACAGUAUGUUAUUUAUGUAGUUUGAUCAUUUUCCUCGACUGGUGCACUAACAUCAUGUGGUUUGUUUUGUACAUAUGUAGCAUCAUCUACAAAGAUACAAUGAAUUGCUAUUGCGACAUCCAGUGGACACAUUUAGAACAGAUUUUUAUUUCAUUCAAAAAUUUCAGGUUCAUUUUUAUACUUGGCAAACUCAUCCCGCGGGCCGAAUAAAACCUGUUCGCGGGCCUGAUCCGGCCCUCGGGCCGUACGUUUGACACCCCUGGGUUACUGUGUCUGGCUCGCAAUAGUGCAGCUCUCUUUGUGCCAAACUUGGCACACUUUAAACUAGAUAUUGUGACAUUUACCUGUAUCCCUCUUAGUUGUUAUGCUUUCUGCUAUAGCUCAGCGGGACGCCAUGGUUCCUCAAGUCCGGCUCAGGCUGCUUCCCAGCGCCAGGUGUUUGUUCGACGAGCCUGUCCAGGUGAUGGUGGACAGCCUGAGGCCCAGGCAGGUGGUCACCAUGCGGGCCAAGGCGACGGACGAGAGAGGCGUGAUCUUUCGAUCCUCCGCCAUCUACCGGGCGAAUGGGAGCGGCCACAUUGACUUGAAGAGGGACCCGGCGCUGAGCGGGAGUUAUGUAGGCGUGGAGCCCAUGGGCCUGCUGUGGUCCAUGAAGGCGGACAUGCCACAUAAGUACUUCCAUUGGAACCUGGCGCUCAAUCCUCACGUGGUCAAGUUCUCCGUGCACGACGGCGUUCCUGAGGAAGACGAGGAAGGCGGGGCUCUAGCGGAGGCCACCAAUGAGCGGUGUCUGAUUGCGGACGGGGUCAGCCGGGUUGUCAUCAGAGAAGAGACAUUUAGUGGUGUUUUGUUCACGCCUGCAGGUCAAGGUCCCUUUCCGGGUGUGCUGGACUUAAGCACCUUCAUGUGUGAGAAGCGAGCCAGUCUGUUGGCCAACAAGGGCUUCAUGGUUCUGACUAUUUCCGUGUUCAACGACAAACCCGCCAGCAUCAAACACUUAAACCUGGACUACUUUGAGGAAGCCGUUCGGUUUUUACAGCAACAACCCAAAGCAGGCGGUCAAGGAAUCGGUGUGCUAUCGAGGUCCAAGGCAGGAGACAUCGGUCUGUCGCUGGCGUCUUUUACCUCGUGUGUGAAGGCGGUGGUGUGGAUCAACGGCUGCAGCGCAAACAUCGCCUAUCCUCUCCACUACAAGAACCGCCAAGUGCUCUCCGUCUUGGGCCACAACCUGAGCAAGGUGAUGCCCACUCCCUCCGGCGCCAGCAUCGUCAAGUUCGGCGUGGAUGAUCCCGAAACCGAGGAGAACAAGGGCAGUGUUGUGCCCGUCGAAAAAGCCAACGCGCACUUUCUCCUGGUGGCGUCGGAGGACGACCUCAACUGGGACAGCAAGGCCUUCAUGGAGGGCAUCGAGCGGCGGCUGAAGCGCGAGGGGAAGAAUAACUUUGAGUGCGUCUGCUACCCGAGAGCUGGACACAUGCUGGAGCCGCCCUACAGCCCGUACUGCCAUUCCGGCCUGCACGGGAUCCUACGUUCACCCGUCUUGUGGGGCGGGGAACCUAAAGCCCACGUCGACGCUGAGGUCCACUUGUGGAAGAAGGUGGAGGACUUCUUCAGAACUCGACUGACCUCCAAAUUAUAGACUCGUCAAGCCCGAUGGGCAUACUUGCCAACCCUCAGGAUUUUCCCGGGAGACUCCCGAAUUUCAGUGCCCCUCCCGAAAAUCUCCCGGGGCAACCAAUCUCCAGAAUUUCUCCCGAUUUCCACCCGGACAACAAUUAUAGGGGCGUGUCUUAAAGGCACUGCCUUUAGCGUCCUCUCUCACCUGAAACCUUCACCCCUUAACAACCGCAUGCUGUCCAGGCGUCCGCUUUUCCUCCAUACACCGUAUUUUUCGGAGUAUAAGUCGCACCGGCCGAAAAUGCAUAAUAAAGACGGAAAAAAACAUACACUACCGUUCAAAAGUUUGGGGUCACAUUGAAAUGUCCUUAUUUUUGAAGGAAAAGCACUGUACUUUUCAAUGAAGAUAACUUUAAACUAGUCUUAACUUGAAAGAAAUACACUCUAUAUA